AUGGCGCUGAGCUGCGGCGUCGGGGGCAGGAGCGGCAGCCCGGCGGGGGCGGCGGGGGGCGGCCCCGCGUCGGCGGCGGCGGCGGGUCCCGGGCUGCUGAUGGAGGUGGAGAGCCCCGGCGAGGAGGAGUACGAGAGCCUGCCCCCCAGCGCCACCCUGGGCACGCACAUGAUGGCCGGGGCGGUGGCCGGCAUCCUGGAGCACACGGUCAUGUACCCCGUGGACUCCGUCAAGGUGAGCCGGCGGGAGGGCGCGCGGCGGGGGAGCCGGGAGACCCCUCGCCUGCCCCGGGGCAGGGGCGCGCUUCCCCUGCCCCCUUUCGGGCCAGUCCUCGUUGCCCCAGGCUGCUGGGGCUCCGCCGUCCGAGUGGCAGCGGCUGCCAUGUGUUUCUUCGUCCUCGCGUGGCUCCCGGGCGCCGCUCCCCUUCGCCUUUGACUUCAGGAGAGCGAGACGGGGGGGGCAGUUCCCGGGCUGUCUGCAGCAUGGCAGUGCCAUCUGGGCUCUUACAAGCAACAUCUCCGUAAAGGUCGCAACUGACACCCCCCCCCGCCGCCCCUUAAGCCAAGAGGGGCGUGUUUUGCUGGCUGCCCUCCGCCACCCAUAUCCUCAAAUUGCCAUUUCUUGCCUUUACUACUACUUACAAAUAGGAUCCACUCACUCUGCAUAUUUCUGCGAUCUAAUAUUUGUGCUUCAGCACUGCAGCUGGAAAUGCUGUUUCUGCUAAUGACUUGAGACUAAGGAUGCAUAUACAUUCAAAGCACAUUUUUCCUCCACCCUGAAUCUCAGGAACUUCAGUUUACUACAGUUCCUGGCACCCUUAACAAACUACAGUUCCCAGGAUUUAAAAAAUAUAUUUUACUAGGGGAGUGUGUGCUUUAAAUAUAUGUCAGGUACGCAGCCUAAGAGAUGCUGAUGUUCUGUGCAGUGAAUCAUUGGCAGAGAGCACCCCUCUUAACCAGUCUGUGGACCAGGGGGACUAGGCUAGUCUCCUAAAUGUGCCUAGUAAAUUGGAGUAUUAAAGCCUGGCUCUUCCUUCCCAAAGCCCAGGAAGCUUCUGCCCAGCUUAGGGAGGGAUGUGUGUGACCCCCGCCCCCAGUCGUCCUCACACUAUGAAAAAUAUCACUGCACGCCACUGCUAGUUUCUCCAGUGCACUGGGCACUGUUAACCCUGUGAACACCGUAAUCGUUAUGUUAUCCCAGUCAGGAUUAAGGAGAGAAUGUGCCUAAUUCGUGUUAGUGAGUAUACAGUAGGAGGAAUGGUGGCUGCAGGACUUGGUGUUCUCCUGCUGCUAAAUAUUAAAUUUCUAGGUAAUCUUCAAUCUGGAGUAAAAGUCUUGUCUCCUUUUCCCCAUGCUCAGUUUAGCAGCCCUUCUCCUGCGUUCUGUUACUUGGAGAUGACUGCACCACCUUCCUAGAUGAACAGGUGAACUGCUUUCCCUCCUGUCAUUUCAGUUGGUGGUAGGCUCUUACCAGGCACUUCGCAGGAGUGUUUAGAAGUGAGCUCUGGUGACCAUUUUGGCAUUAUUGCUGAAGAGGCAUCAUGGAGUUCCCCUGCCCAUCUGCCAGCAAGACUGCAUUAUCCAAUUUCUUGACAUACGCGUGUGUGUUCAUUGUUCAAAUCAAUUGCCAGUGCAAUCCUAAGCAUAUUUGUUCAGAAUCCAGUCCCAUUGUGUCCAGCAAAACUUAGCUGGAAGUAAGUAUGCAUAGGAUUGCAGCCUACAGAACUCAGACUAAUGUUAACAUUGCUUUAACAAAAAAAAAAGAGCCAUUCUUCCCACCCCUCAUUGAUCUGGUUUAGUCUCAUUUGUAAACACACAUUCAUUGAAUCAUAGAACUGUGGAUUUAGAAGGGACCACCAAGGGUCAUCUAGACCGUUCCACUGUUGAACAGCUCUUACUGUCAGAAAGUUCUUCCUGAUGUUUAGUUGGAAUCUCCUUUCAUCUAACUUGAAACCGUUGGUUCAAUUCCUCCCCUCCAGAGCAGGAGAAAACAAGCUUGCUUCCUCUUCCAUGCAACAGCCCUUUAGAUAUUUGAAGAUGCUAUCAUUCUACGUUCUCUAGCAAUAUUUAGUAUAAUAGGCUAAUGCUUUCUGCCACUCACUUGAUUGCAAAAGAGGUCUGGCAGCAGGGUUGUGUCUGGUAACAGCAUGGGUGUGUGCCUGACGUUACAACUCUCAUUAACAAAAAUGUGGCAAUAUGCUACUUGCUUGCCUUGCGAAGCACACUCUGGUUUGGAGCAGGAAUUCGUGUGUUGCUCAAGAGUGAGGGAAAAUGCAGUUGGGUGGCUGGCUUCCCUCCCUCGGUUGUUCUUGUGGCUGGGUGGCGAUUCCCUGAUCUCAAGUUUUGCUAAGUUCAAUCUUGAAUGCCAGGGAAUUUUUCAAGGCUUGACUUGGGAGUAGCUGUCUCCUGUCUGCUAUGCUGUGCUAUGCACAGCAAAUGUGCCUGCUCUGUGAACAGAGGAAGGCCACAGCUCAAAAAGCGAGUGUGAGCUUUGCACGCAGAAGGUCCCAGGUUCAAUCCCUGGGGAAGAACCCUGGAGAGCCUCUGCCAGUCAGUGUAGACAUUAUUGGUCUGGUCUGGUCUGACUUGGUAUUAGGCAGCUUCCUAUGUUCAUGCUAUCGCUCUGACAUCUGCUGCAGCAGUGGGAAUCCUGUACACAUGUUUAAAACAUCUUCAUACGUUUCCCAUGGUACUUCAAGGAACAUUGGUUUUCACACCGCCAUUUCAUCUUCCACAUAGCAUGUAUAUCUGCCCCUCGCUUGAUCGAACUCUUUAAUAUUCUCAACUCUUUACUUGAGGUCUACCUAGAGGAAUGAUGCUUCUAAUCAGAGUUGGGGAACUAUUUCAGAUUCCUAGAACCCAGCUCCCGUAUUUUAGUGAUUAGGUACCAGGAAUCUGAUUGGCCCAGCUCCUACCUGAGGGAGGUGGUAUUUCUGAGUUGGAGGGUGGCCAUGGUAGUUUAGGGCUGGGCGCAGAGCCAGGACAGAAAGCAGGGCUGGCUCAAGACAUUUUGGUACCUGAGGUGAAACACAAAAUGGCACCAUGAAACAAUGAGUGGAGAACAUUGGGAACAAGGGGGUAAUAAAGAUCUACAUCGGGAUCUGCUGCCCCUGUAGAUCCUGCUGUCUGAGGCAGUUGCCUCACCUUGCCUCGUGGGUCGGCCAGCUCUGCAGAGCGUUUGGUGAUGGAAGGAGCAAGUGGCAUAACCUGAGAUGCAGCCUUGGCGUUUUGAGGUCAGAGUCCAUCUUGUAUUGUCCUAUUGUAGCUUCCACUGUUAUAAAACAAAUUGCCUGCUUUCCUUUUCCAAGUGUCAAGUUAAUAAUACUCAAGCUUGUGCAACUAGGAGCUAACCUGUUGGACCCCUUUGUAAAGUGGAUUAAACACAUUAAAUUCUUUUGCGUGUGAGAGAAAUGCUGGUAAAUAAGCAGUAAUGACUGGUUUGGUGGUGGUUCAGUCAUCUCUGUGUAAUCCUUUGCUGAAGGUGGCAGGUGCAGGUGAGCCACAGGUGAUGAUCAUGAACUUGUAGGAGCUGUUUGAAGUGGGAGCAGUGGGGUAGGUGAAGUAAAAAAAGAGACACACUUGCACACCCUUUUAAUAAAGGGCAGCACUGAACAUGGGCAGAACGCCUUUCCCAAACCCCGGAGCCAAAUGUAGCUUUCCCCAACACAUUUAGAAUGAAGUAAAGAAGCAGGUAACAAGGUUGUCAUUGAGACUUGAGCAUGGGUCGGUACUAUUGUUUGAAAAAAAAGAAGCAUUGUCUUCAUUGUUCAUUCCCAUAAAUUUGAAGCUUGCUGUUGAUGAUAGAUAGUCUCCUCUGGUGUACCACCUCCGAAACAUAGGGCAGGAUUCUAUACCAAAUUGUGCACCGCUUCUUACUCCCCAUCUCCUUGCAUUGAGUGGGCUCAACAAAUGCACUUACAUUUUUCUUUGUAUAAUGCCGUGUAAUCUUAACAUCCAAAACACACGGGAAUGCAGGAAGCCGCCUUCUACCGAGUCAGACUGUUGGUCCCUCUGGCUCAGUAUUGUUUACCGUGAUUGGCACCUGCUCUUCAGGGUCUCAGGCAAGCGCCUUUCCUGGUCCGGCCCGGAGAUGCGGAGAAUGGGAACUGGGACCUCCUGCACACAAGGCAGAUGCCCUGCAAUGGAGCCGCGGAUGGUCCUUGGUUGGUUAUAUUGCUUGCAGCAGGGAAUGCCGGAGGGUGGCAGGACUUUUCUAAAUAUGUCAGAUGUAAGUGAGCAUAGUUUUUGAAAACUAAGAUUAAACGGCUCUACUUAUUUGGAUUUGUGACUGCUGUUUAAGAAGCGGAUGAUGGUAAGAACAUUUUCACGCCUUUACAUUUUUAUAGACUCUUGAAGCAUUAUUAUUACUAUUACUAUUAGUAUUAAAAUUUGCAUACCACCCUUCAUCUAAAGAUUCCAGGGUGGUUCACAUUAUAAAAAUACAAAAUGAGAAUACAAAAUACAUAAUAAAACAAAAAUAAACCAAUAACCUCCCUCCCACAAACACAUUAGAAAGCCAUAGAAUGUUAAUCAGCCAAAUGCCCAGCUAAGAGUUCUUGGCUUGACAUAAUCUAGAAUUUGUCAUAGACCUUUUAUCAGGAUUGUUAUGCAUGCUAGAGAAUUUGGGUUGGGGUUCUUCCAUAUUGUUAGGUGAUGAGACCCCCCCCCCUCCCGUUCAAAGCCCAGUGGAAUAGGAGAAAUGGAGUCCCACUCCAAAGCCCAGUCCGGGGGGAGGGGGGAUGAGGAACUAUGUCAAUUUCAGCAUCUCGCAGUUUCUUAUUAUUCCAUUCUUAAGUUCAGCUAUCCACAUUUCUAUAUCAGUUUGUGAAUUUUAUUUUAUGUUCUCAUGAAAAUCCACCAGAAUUUUAGUGCAAAUUUCUCCUAAUAUGCAUAUAUUUGAAUGCAGUGUUGCCUAAUGCACACAUUUUUGAAAAGCGUGUUUCCCUGAUAUAAUGCAUCUUUGUGCUUUUUUCUGCACACUUGUAUAUGCAUUUUUGUACACAUUCCUGGCCAGUGAAUUGCACUGCAGAAUUUGGAAGGAUGACUGAGUUUCAGUUCAUGCAUUAUUUUGGAAAGUACACAUUAGGUAGGUUUGCCUUUAAAUAUGAAAUGAAUUUGUCACCCCGGCCCACCAUCCCUAUUCCCUGGCAGUAUGGUAGGAGAAUACAGAAUUCGGACACUGCCAGGCAGAUUUGGGGUGAAGCUACAUAAUGACGGUCAUUGCAUAGCUAACAAAUGGUUAGAGUUUAGCAGGUGGUUUAGGGAGUUGUAUAUCACAUGUAGGAGGAAGUGGAGACUUCUGAGUUUGGUGAUGGGUCCCCUUUCUUCACUCUUUUAUGGAUAAGGAACUUAAAAUCAUUUCCUCUACGACUGAAGGAAGAUGCUUUCUUUGAAGAACUACGUCAGCUGGCUUAUGAAACCAUCUUUGAGCUCUCCUUUUAAUUCUUCCAAGGUGGUGAUUUGGCAGGCUUAAAGGUUUAGAGUGUUGUAAAACAUGUUAAAGAAACAAGGGAGGUAGAGGGACAGGGAGAGUCUUAUUGGCAUUAAAUUACGUGAUAAAUCUCAGCUUGGUGAACUUGAAAAUGUGGAUAUGUGCUGAACACUUUGCCGUUCAAUAUAUAGCAGUAAUUGGUGAAAGCUGAUCUGUGCUAAUUGCAAAAACAAAUAAAUUUCAUGUCAAUUGUAAAAUAGUGACAUAUACAUGCACCUGAACCCCCAGGGGCAACCUACAGUUAAAAACAUAACAAAAAAGAGAAAAAUAAAACAUCAGUUUUUUUAAGGCAGUUAUGCUAAGUAGACCAGGUCUUGAAGCCUCGUGGUUUCAUGGAAUGUUUGACAGCUGUCAGUUGACCAUCACAACAACUAUAGUUUUUGGUGGAGUCGAACUCGGCUGCCCAUGCCAAGAGAGCUUUUUUAAGGGGUUCCCUUAUCUUCCUUACCCCUCUCCCUGUUUGGACAUCUCCCCCCCACUCUGGGCUUUGGUCUCUCUAUCUCUCAUUGGGAUGAGAAACCUUCGUCCCACCGGAAAUGGUUGGGCUACAACUCCAGCAGCUGUGACUACUGACCAUGCUUGUUGAGGCUGAUACAGUUUGUACCCCAGCAGCAUUUGUGAGCCACAGGUAACCCAUGUCCAAUUUAUCCCCUGUUCUUUCCAUCCCUGGCCCCCUAGAGCCAUAUACUUUGAAGCUGAUUUCUGUGUUGACUGGGGUCACACCCACACAGUACAUUUAAAGCAUAUUUAUACUUCAGUAGUUAUGUCUUCCCCAUUGGGAAAUGUGGUUUGUUAAGGUUACUGGGAAUCAUAGUUCUCUGAGGAGUCUUCUAAAAACUCACAGCACCCUUAACGGAGCCUAUAAACUGAAUUUCUUAAGGGUGCCAAGAGUUGUUAGGAGACCCCUAAGAGAGCUACCAUUCCCAGCACCCUUAACAAACUUCAGUUCCCAAGAUUCUUUGGGGGAAGACUAUUAAAGUGGUAUAAGAGUGGUUUGAAUGCGUGGUGUGGCUGUGACCUGGUUCUUGCAAGGCUGCAGGGGGCUUGAAUUGCAUUCCUAGAAAACUUGGGAGGUGCUGUGGCUGAACAGGAGCCCCUUGGACAAAAAGUAUGUCCUCUGCCAUUUGGCGAUGGUCCUGAGCUCUUCUCUUCCUGCAGCAAAUGGCAAAUUUCUCAACUGAGUCUGUGCUUGGGAGAUGAAAAGUUUCAAAUCCUCUGGCCUAGUUUUUGUUUAGUGCACAUUUACAGACAAAAUGUGGAGUAGGAAUUUUUGUAUGUGCAGUUGAAAAGUUGAUAAUAUCCACUUUGGAGGAAAAAAUUGGGUUGGGGCAGGAAGCUAGAUACAUUCAGUGUGUGUGUUUAUCUAAGCGCUUAAAUUACAGGUAUCAUCAGGGUCAGCAGGUAAACAAAUUUUGUUAAGGUAGAAUGUGCUCAGAUUCCAUACUUAACACUGUCCAUAUCUUAUUAUGCGACAUUUUUCCACCUUUGCCGCAUCAAGCAGUUGGUCCCUUACCUUUCCCACCCCGACCUGGCCACAGUGAUCCAUGCGACGGUCACCUCCAGGCUUGACUACUGUAAUUCGCUCUACGUGGGGCUGCCCUUGAAGCUGUCCCAGAAACUCCAGUGGGUGCAGAAUGCUGCAGCGAGGCUCCUCACGGGGUCUCUGCCAUGGGAGCAUAUUCACCCAGUGCUUUUCAAGCUGCACUGGCUCCCGGUGGAGUACAGGGUCAGAUUUAAGGUGCUGCUUUUGACCUUUAAAGCCCUUCACGGCCUAGGACCCUCGUACCUACGGGACCGCCUCUCCCGGUAUGUCCCACGGAGGACCUUAAGGUCCAUAUAUAGCAACACCCUUGAGGUCCCGGGCCCGAAGGAAGUCAGAUUAGCCCCAACCAGAGCCAGGGCCUUUUCAACUCUGGCCCCAGUCUGGUGGAACGCUCUGCCUCAUGAGACCAGGGCCCUGCGGGAUCUGAUUUCUUUCCGCAGGGCCUGUAAGACAGAGUUGUUCCGCCUGGCCUUUGGCUUGGAGCCAAUUUGAUUCCCUCCCUCUCUUUCUUUUUUCCUUUCCUUCUCCUCCUGUGAUGAGGCUACAUUUGAAUAUUUUAAUGUUUCAAUAUUUUAAUGUUGUAUUUUAGUUUUGUUUUUAAGUUGUAAUCAUUCAACUUGUUUUUAUUAUUGCUUGUAAGCCGCUCUGAGCCUGGCCUUGGCUGGGGAGGGCGGCAUAUAAAUUAAAAUACCUUCAUAUGCUGCUUGUUUUGGUGUCUGAACUUAGCAGAAUCAUUAUUGAACUGUUUCUGUACAGUAGCUAAAAUAUAUUGACUCCUGGGGAGAACCCCCCCCCCAUACAGAAUGUAAGCAAGCAGUCCAGGAUGCUUCGUGUUUAUAUUGUUUUUGGGGAUUUGUGCAGUUGGAAAAUUUGCUUUUAAAAAAUUAUGCCUACGGCUGUGGAGUUCACUUCAUGUGGGUUGAAGGAUCCAGGAAGCAACACAGCAGAAACCAAAUUCAUGGUUCUCAGAAGUCCUAUGACUUCUACACGUGAUACCCAAUGUUACUCAAAUUAGAGUAGACAUAUUGAAAUCAGUAGAGUUAAGAAACUUAAGUUUGACUUAGUUGGCUAUCAACUUUUAAUCUGGGGGUUGCUGGGAGAGAUGGUUGUUCUGUGUUCAGGCCUUCCAGUUUCACCACAAGUGCUGAAGAACAACAUCUGCCUUGUCAGCCACCUAUUACGGUACAUCAUUCAUAUUAUUACAGGGACCUCAAUAUUCGUGGGACUUCAAUGAAAAUUAAAAUAUUUUCUGUCCAGUCUUUCCACAGUGGAGUCUACAAGGCAUCUUAACAAGCAUGUUUCAAAUACAGCUGUAACAAAAAAUCUGAAAUAAUCCAGCUGCAAGGUAACUAAAAUAUGAAAUAUAGGCUACAAAAGGGCAGCCUUCAAGCAAGGACACUUAAAAGCUCUUUCAAAUGAGCCAGUCUUCAGAGGGUACAAGAUUGCAAGCCAUGUGGGAGUUGGUCUGGGUGAAGUUGGUGGGACUUACUUCUGCACAAAAUAAAAUGCAUUAAAAUGUGUGUACACGUGCUGAAAGGGACCUUGGGAUUUGUUCUACAGCCACCGAAGGUUGAAGUUUGUAAGCAAAAAGACAGGUCCUUUCUCUCAAGUGGCUGACGGUCUAGACCAGGGGUGCACAACUUGUGACCCUCCAGAUGUUGUUGGACUACACCUCCCAUCAUCCCUGAUCACUGGCUAUGUUGGUUGGGGCUGAUGGGCGUUGUAGUCCAGAAACAUCUGAAGGGCCGUAGGUUGUGCACCCCUGUUCUAGAUCAUGGAUCACCCGCCUGCUGUCUUACUGAUGCUGCUGACUGGACCCCCAGCUCCCACCAGUCCCAGCCAUUGUGGUCAGUGAGGAUCUCUACAUGUUGGACAUGGUAUCCACACAACUUUGUAAAUAAACCCAUAAAUCUUAUCGGAUUGCCGGGGUCUGGCAGAAGAGGGAAUGAAAGCUCUGUCCUUCAUGCAGUAUUGUGGUCUUCAUCAAAAGUUUGCUUGUGUGAAGCUCCUGUUUUUGACCUGAAGAUCCAUGCUGAUUUUGCAGAUACAGUGCUUGUCAGUGGUGGACCAACUGUGAUCUGAUCCACAUAUUGUAGAUUGGCUUUUAGGCCCAAAUCUCGAACAUGAUGCUGUGUGUGAGAAUUUCAGACUUGUGUGACCUAUUUGUUUUGUUUUGCUAGGAUCCUCCAAUCUACCAGCCGGGAGUAGGUGCAGGAGAGGGGCUCCAGGAUGCCCUGGGGUGCCAUGAAAGAUGGUCAGGGGUGCUGCAGGCAACACCGGCCUCUGUCUCUCUUUCCUUCCCUCCCUCCUCGGAUGCCCUCUCACGUCUCUGCCCCCCAAAGGCUUGCACAGCGAAUAGUGCCUCUGGGGCUGGCCAGGGGGUGCUUCCCAGGCCCCUGUGGGGCAGUGUGAGGAGGCACCUCUCUUUGGGGGAGGGCAGCUCAGAGACCAGGGACGGCAGCAGCAGUGGGCAGUGUUAGCAGCCGGCCUGUGACUUGUAGCUUGGGCAAGCAUUGCAUUGCUGCAGUCCAUUUGAAUGAGGCGCUGGCUUCACGGAAUGCUGCUUGGCUAAGUUUUUGCUUGCUUGCCCAUCAUGUUUAAUCAGGACUUAGUGUAUCUUCUGCAUGUUUAAGAGGUUGCACAGGACCACUGAAAGACCACAGGGUGAAAUGCUUUCAUUUCUUCUCUGUCGCAGGUUGCACAUGGCCUUCUGAAAUGACAUACAAUACUUUUCCGUGUAUAAGACUAUGUUUUUUUAUUCCAAAAACAUCUUCAAAAUUUGAGGUCGUCUUAUACAUGGGUAGUGCAUUGUGGGGCUGUGGGAUUGGUUGCUGCCGUGGGUUGGAGAUUGUUAUUGGUGGCUGCUGCAAGAGCUGUUGUUGAUUGGCUGUUGCUGUGGCAAUUGGGCGGGUGAUUUGCUGCUUUUUUCGGCAAUGGGACAAUGAGAUUUGCUGCUUUUUUCGGCAAUGAGGAUAGUUUGUUUUGUUGAUGCACGUGAGCGGCAUUGUCUAUCUGGUGGGUGAGUGAUUUUUGGCGUUCCCCUCCCCAAAAGAACUCAAGAACUUCGGGGAAUUCCCCCCUCCUCAUUUUCUUAAUUUUGAGUCCCCCAAAAUAGGGGCGUGUUAUACACAGAAAAGUACGGUAACUGGGGGAGGUUUGGUUCUCUUCCCUUUUCUGCUCUCCUGCUUCCAGCAAAAUUGGCUUCAUGAUGAUUAAGUAGCUAAAGAGGAACUUUUGCAUCCCUCCCUGGCUGCGCUGCUCUAAUCCACCACGCAGUUAUUCAAAAGUGUGCUUUGGCAUGCUUUUCCAGAGUGUGUUGCCAGAGCUUGGCAGAAUUAAGUGUACACAAAGUUGCUUCGCAUGGCUUACGAGCACUUCCUGUUUUUUGGAUGAAAAACGCUUAUGCGAUGUGUAGCAGGAGAGCCAGUCGUGUGAAUCAAGGCCUUCUAUUGGUUCUAGUUUUUGAAAAAUCUCUUUUCGAAAUCUAAAACCAAAUCUCCCUAAAAUGAGAGGAUGACAACUUUCAGACUGAGUUUCUAGGACAGAGCUUUCCAAAUUGUGUGUCGUGAUACUUUAGUGUGUCAGCUGCAGUGUGUAGGUAUGUCACGCAAAAACUCCCUGUGCUCCUCCUGGGGCUGGAAAGGGAGCAGGCAGCCUGCUGGGUAGCUAGUAAAACUGAAUUAGUGUGUCGUGAAAUGAUGCAUGUCUAAAAAGUGUGUCACCAACAUGAAAAGUUGGGAAAGCUCUGUUCGAGGAACUUUUAAUUGGGGGGUGAGGAACACUGUGCCCCUCCAGAUUGGGCUGCAAUUCUCAUUAUUUCUGACCAUCUGGAGGGCCCAACACUAUGGAAGAUAGCCCAAAGGGGGCACAGUCUCCCACUUCAUCCCUGGUUUGGUGUAGUGGGUCAGAGACUAAGCUGGGGCCACAUCCUCACCAGCCAUUUAAAGCAGCAUAAUACUCAUACAUCUAUGCUUCCCCCAAAGCAUAACCAACUAUAGUUGGUUAAGGGUGCUGAGAGUCAUUAGAAGACCCCUAUUCCCUUCACAGAGCUGCAGUUCCCAGAGUAGUUGAACAAUCCUCCUUCACAGGGAACCACGUGAAAAAUGUCUGGUGUGGAUGUGGAGUGGUUCAAAAAUCCAUGCUCUGCUGUGAACAUGCUGGGCAAACCUUGCUCCUCCUGUGCACCACAAGAGAAUAAUAAUAUAGACCUACCAUGUGCUAUUCUUAUGAUGCCUCCAACAAUAUAUUGUGUGAGGGACACUUGGAAAAUGCUAUAUGAAUGCUUACUGUAUCCUCCGACUCAGGGUGUGCCUGCUGGACGAGCACUUUUCUAAACGUUGUUCCUUGGCACUCUCUGUGACCUUGUUUUGCUGGAGGUGAUGGAGAACCAGAAACUCGGAGGAGAUGAAAUAGGCUUUCUCAAUUAGAACACCAAGCAGGAUAUUUACAUGUACUGUAUCUGUAGCGGAUCUCUCUUUUUGAGGUGGUGAACUUUGCAUGCAUUAUAGAUCCUUUUCCAGAAUCUGAUUUCCCAUACAGGAGUUCCAUGGAUGAUAUGUGAAGAUUUCCUGAAAGGGCAGGAAGUUCAGUGGUUGGAGAUGUAGAAAACAACAACUGUUUUUUUUUAACUCAAACAUUGUACAUUUGAGGGCUAGAAAUUUGUUUAUCUGGCACUCCCAUAACUCCAUUGUGAUGCUGGGCAAAUAGACAGGAUUAUGAAACAGUUAAGACACUUCUUGGGGUUUGCCCACUACUUUGGACUUUUCCUCAUGUUACAAAAAAUGUUUUUCCCCCUUUACUGAAAAUCCUGGCGAGACUGUGAGAAACUGAAAGCAGCAUUUUCUCUCCUCUCUGCCCUUCCCUUCCUCUGCUGCCACCACUGGAACUAAAUAACUUUGAAACUGUAAGAGCAAAAGUCCUAAGUUGCAUCACAGCCUUACUUUGGCAGUGAUAUCUUGGUCUUCCUGGUCAAAGUGCCUUCAAAAUUGCGGCCUCAAAUGAGGGCAUUCAUUCCGGCAGUUGUUGUGGAAGCUUGUUCUGUUGCGUAAUCGGCAUAACAGGAAGAGUCUACCGUCCUGAAGGUUGCUCUGGGCCUUUAUUCACAGGGAUUAUGAAAUUCUCCUUAUGCAAAUUUCUCCCCAGUCUUUAGGGCUCCCACUUACCUGAACUUUGCCACAACUGAUGGGCGCAUUCGUGCCUUCUGUCUCCCCCCAGUCCAGUCCCCUCCCCUGGUGUGCAGAUCACUUCUGCACAUGCGUGUAAGGAUACCAAAGCACAACCUGGUGUUAUAACAUUUUGCAUGCACUGAUUAAAAAACUGGUUUCGAUCCCUCCUGGCACAUUUGACUCUGCAGCAUGUGUUUCUAUGAGCAAUUGAGCACUGAAGUAUGCAAUUGCCUGCACAUAAGGAAUGAAUUAUGUCUUGAGGUGGUGCCAUUAUGUGAUGAGUGGCUCAGGUGAUGGCUGGUGAGUUUGGUGUUGUUGUUGUUGGUUGUUAAUCUGAUACUUUUCCUUCUCUUCACCAUAAGGUCCCAAGGCAGUUUGCAGCAAUUAAAAAACUACAAUACUGAAAACUGUUUGAAACCAACUACAGUCACAGGAAUAGGGUUGUUCCUAAAAACCUCUAUCUUGGCUGUCAGUUUGUUCUGUUCACGUUAAGAAGGCUAUUGGCCCAUAUUUCCCUUCCGUUUGCCUUUUGGCCGCUGUGUGGCUAUUGUGUGCUGCUAACCAGGCACACAGGGCUGGAUGCCUGCGGUGAUGAUGGCUGUGCAUGAGCAGCUGCUUGCUGUCUGGCCCAGGUCCCUGGGAGUCACCUGAAGGUGACGGGUUAAGCAGAUGUCGUGGUCUUGGGCGAAGGAUACCAUGCAGCUCAGAGCAGAACCCUGUGUACAUGUACCGUCCAUGAGAAUAAGUCUUGCUGUGUUCAAUAGGACCCAGGAAAGUGCCUGCCACAAAGGCCUUAUUCUCUGUUUGUGCAAUAUGGACGUGAUGGAUCCUAGCUAGAAGCUCUUGCACCAAAAAACCUGCCUGCUGCAUUUUAUCUGUGGGCGUUCUUUUUUCUCAACAAAAUCAUUUUCUUAAGCAUGGUCAAAGGAUUUAUUUUGUUUUCUGGAGUGUGGAGGGACUUGCCCGUGAUCUGCUUACUGCAUUUUGGGUGGGGAGGAAAUUUCGGUCAGAUGGGCUAGCAAUGCUGGAAAUGCCUUAACUUAAUUGCCUGCGGAUCAGUUUUAGCCCCUGUUGACUCAAAGGUCUCCCUUUGUCCAUGUGCAUCUUCUUGUCAGUGGCAAAGCAGACUCAUUCUGACAGGGUAUGAGUCUGCCUUGCCAGGAGUCCAGGUAGAGAAUGCCCUUAUCUUUUAGGUGCUGGUAACAAAACAACCCCCCUUCUUAUUUUCCCAAGCUAUUUAAAAUUCUAUCAGUGAUGUGUUCUUAGUACUGUUUAAGCUCUCUCAUCCUCUGCUUUUUAUCCUGAUUGAUUGCAUUGUACCCCUUGUGUUUGUUACUCACCCAGUGGCCACAGGCGACUAGAAAUUCCAUGCAGGCGAGUGGGUGGUCCGGCAGAGGAGGAGCAGAUCUCUCUGCCUCUUACUCCAUGAAUCCACUUCUGUGCUGGCCAUGGAGGAUGGGAAACCCACCCCUCAGCUCCACCCCUCCUCUGCCAGCCUGCUUGGCAGAAGGGAUCAUUAUUAUUAUUAGUCUGCUACUAAGAGGGUAGUAUCCUGCGUUAACAAGUCUGGAGAUGCAAGCUGCUACUAGGCUCAAGCUCAUUGGUGGAAAGGAAGACUAUAAAUGUAAUAAAUAACAGUUAAUAAACAGUUUUUAAAAGCCCAUGAAAAGUUACAAAGCUGUCAUAAGCAACCUUGAAAGUUUUAGAAAAUGAACAGUGAUAAAAUGAUUUUAUAUUUUAAAUGUUUAUGUAUCUGUGGAUUGAGUGGAAGGGAGGAAUGGUGGGUGAAUAGUCUGGUCCUCUUGGGCUUCCUGGUGUGACUUUUUCAACUCCAGACUGAGCCAGAGCAGGGCUAGGGAGUGCUUGGCCUAGUGUGGAUGAGCCGGGCUUGCAUUGGGCCUGUGCUUCUCAUCCAAGAAGAGAGGGGGAAAGUUCAGAGUUGGAUGAAAGUGUUUAUUAUUGUGUCAAUGUGACAUUUCCCAGUAUUUACGCAAGUGUAAAAAGAUAGGCCUCUGCCCCAAGGAGUGUGCAAUCUAAAUUUAAACAGGAAAGAGGGGAGUGAAUUGUGUUGACAUGUGUCAAUAGAAAGCUUUCAUUUUCUCUUCUUAACAUGGGCCAGAACCAAAUGUUUCCUGCCAGUCGCUUGUACAAUUGCAAGGGAAGCUUGCAUUUUCUGGCCCAGGCCUGCUUCUCCCUCCCUGCUUACGUAACCUUGUUUCACUGCUGGGAAAGAUGACUGAGCAUUUGGUGCGCUCUGAGUGUGGACGCGUUGACUAACCUUGAAUGGCAGGCCUCUCGGAACACGGAGUGUGUGCAAUUGCCAUGGCUGCUUGCUUGCAAAUGGAAAGUGAAGGAAUACUAGAUCUGUGCUUUGCCAAGGUAAACUUUGGCUGCACUUGCCAAAGAGAGACUUUCCUUUGGCUUGUGUUUACUCCUUCUGCAAAGCAGUCAUUCUGGGGAGGAUUCCUUCCAAGCUUCUGAGAAGCUCUGCCUUUUCCUGAUGGGUCUUAAUCAUUUUGCGGUGGUGGUUGUGGUCUGUUGCUCUUCGCAUUGAAUCUUAUUUAUAUGAAUGUGUGGUUUUUGGGGCAGAGCAAGCUGCCUUAUACUGAGUCAGACCAUUGGUCCAUCUAGCUCAGUAUUGUCUACACUGACUGGCAGCAGCUCUGCAGGAUUUUGGGCAGGGGGUCUUUGCCAGCCCUUUCUGGAGAUGCCACAGAUUGAGCUUGGAACCUCAUGGUUGUUGUUGUUGUUGAGUGCCUGCAUGCCAGGCACUCCUGUCUUCCACUGCCUCCCGCAGUUUGGUCAGACUCAUGUUUGUAGCUUUGAGAACAUUGUCCAACCAUCUCGUCCUCUGCCGUCCCCUUCUCCUUGUGCCCUCCAUCUUUCCCAACAUCAGGGUCUUUUCCAGGGAGUCUUCUCUUCUCAUGAGGUGGCCAAAGUAUUGGAGUCUCAGCUUCACGACCUGUCCUUCCAGUGAGCACUCAGGGCUGAUUUCCUUCAGAAUGGAUAGGUUUGAUCUUCUUGCAGUCCAUGGGACUCUCAAGAGUCUCCUCCAGCACCAUAAUUCAAAAGCAUCCAUUCUUCGGCAAUCAGCCUUCUUUAUGGUCCAGCUCUCACUUCCAUACAUCAAUAUUGGGAAAACCAUGGCUUUAACUAUACGGACCUUUGUUGGCAAGGUGAUGACUCUGCUUUUUAAGAUGCUGUCUAGGUUUGUCAUUGCUUUUCUCCCAAGGAGCAGGCUGCUGGAACCUCAUACUCUGCCACUGAGUUGUGACCUUGUUCAAAGAUGCUUCUUCUCUUUUACUUGCUUGAGGGCAGGUAGAUUGCUCCUUCAAAUGUUUCGCUUUCCUGGAGCCUUUUUAAAAAAGAUGGCAUCUGUUUGAGUUUAUAGAGGGGGGAAUCCUUGGUUGUGAAGCCCUGAGUUUGGUCCACGUUCUCCCCUCCACUGUGACAACUGUCCAUUUGCUUACCCCCAUCUCUCUUUCCCUUCCUGGGCUCAACUUGCACUGCUAUGCAGGAUAGCUGGGAGAGCAUGAGACUGUUAAUCUCAGGGUCGUGGGUUUGAGCCCCAAGUUGGGCAAAAGAUUCCUGCAUUGCAGAGGGUUGGACUAGAUGACCCUCCUUCUCUACAAUUCUAUGCUUCUAAGAAUGGAAGGCAUGUGAAUGGCUGCUGCUGCUGUUGCUACUGCUGUUGCUGAGACUCACAGGUGAGGAGAGUCCUGUCGUGCUUGGCUCCUGCUUACGGGCUUCCCGUGGGCAUCUGGCUGGCUGCUGUGACAGCAAGAUACCUGACUAGAUGAGCUUUGGGCCUGUUCCAAGAGGGCUCUUCUUCUCUUCUCUUGGGCAGGUGAACAGGAAACAAUAACAAUGUAGAGUGGCAGCGCCUACAGGGCCCCAUACACUAGCAGUGGGCGCUUUGCUGCGGAGUGUGUCGCUGGGGGUGAAUCCUGUGCCCUGCAUAUACAAAACAUGGGAAAUGCUGGAUGUCUCAAUGCUUGGGACAGAGGCAUCUGCAAUGAAGAAAAGCAGGGGCUAAGAUGCUGGAAAGGAUGCACAACACAUAUUUUAAAGUGUGUGUUGGGGGCUGUUGGUCUGUCAGUAGUUGCAAGCGAUGCCUCCGCACUUGCAAGCUGCUCUGAGCUUGGAAGAAUGGGACUAUAUGUAAAUGAAAUAAAAUUGCAUUUUUGUGAAGAGGAUCCCUGUGGUACCUAUUUUGCAGCAGUUUCCCUUGUGGGAUCCUUGAAAUCUACCUGUUUUCAAUACAGGUGUUUCUGGGGAAUUGUGUUGCGGGUUGCACCCAAAAUUUCUCUUCCUCUGGAAUGCAGCUCCAUUAAUGUCUAAAGAAAAUCUCAAUUACUUUAUUUUCCAGUCAUCAGCAGUUGGCUUAACUUGAGGGUUGUAUUCCUAGAUAUGUGAAGGCCUGGAAGAAAAAUGGAAAAAUUGAGGACCUCCUCCCCAUUAUUCUGUCCCCACCCCCCACCUGGCCUUCACAUCUCGCUAGGGGCUGGGACUUCUUCUUUUUAAUGAGUUUGUGUUCAAAUUUGGGUGCAAGCCCUGCAGAAGGCUUAUUAACUCUUAAUAAUGUGUAGUCAGCUAGAAAGCUGGGGCUUAUUUUGCUUGCUCUGGCUUGCCCUAUUUCCUUUCAGCACUUUGGGAGCUGGUAGGUGGGGCUUCUCCUUCCCAGGCGGUGCAGUGAUGGGAGCAGCCAUGUUGGCUGAGCACCUUCCUGCUGUGGAGAAGUUCAAAGAUGCAGAAGUGCCAUGACUUCCUGAAGGGCUGUUGGAUCGAAGAGGGCAAAGCUCAUCCCUGGGUUUGCCAAGGAUUGCCUCUGUAACCUUCUGUAUGCAAAGCACCUACUCCAUCACCGAGCAACAGCCCGGAUGUGGAGGAUUGACUGGUCAGGAUGAGUGGGACUUGUAGCAUCCCCACAUUUUGGAGGCACUGACUGCUCUCUGCACUGGGCACUAAAAGUACAUGGUUAUCACUACCGGUACUCCAGUAUGAAGAAUGUCCAAGGAGCAUAACUGCUUGGAUUCCUAAAAUACAGCGCUUCCCUCUAGCCCCAUUUUCACACAGGCUGCAGUUGCAUGCAUUUCCCAUUCUUGGGCAAGCACAAGCUGCUACUGGUUCUGCUUCAUGGUCCACACUUGCAAGACAUCUUUAUUUUAGCUUUUAUUGACAUAGCCAAAGGGGAUUCAAUACCAAAGCCUUGUGACAUGUUUUGUUUUCCAGUGCAGCUUUGUGCUAGGAAUGUAAAUCUCAGAAUGCAAUGUCUCAAAAUAGUCUGCAGGAAGCUAAAUGGAAACUAAAGUUCACCAUUAAAAGGGAUUGCUUUGGUUGCGUUUUACUAGAAUAGCAUUUUAGUGGCAUCUCUCCAUAGACAGGCAUGCCAGGGCCAGAGUUCAUAGAUCUUAGUCAUAUGUGCUUUGCUACUGCAAUGUAGAUUGCAGAUGCUUUUUUAUUUUGAGGCCUGUCCAAGGCCAGUACUACCAUUAGGCAGAGGGAGUCAGCUCCUUCAGGCAUCAGAUGCUGGGCAGGAGGGCAGGAAGUGGCAGCAAGGUAGUGGAAAGAUGGCUGUAUGUACUAUGCACCCUCCAAACUUGCCUACUGCUCUCAUUUGUGGUGGCCAGAAUUGCCAUGAUUGCUAGUCCAGUCAGUUUCUGAACAUGUAAGCCAAGGAGUAGGAGGUACCAUAUAACACCGGUCCUUAAAGACCUACAUUGUCUCCCAGUAUGUUUCUGAGCACAAUUCAAAGGGUUAGUGCUGACCUUUAAAGCACUAAACGGCCUCGGCCCAGUAUACCUGAAGGAGCGCCUCCACCCCCAUCGUUCUGCCCGGACGCUGAGGUCCAGCUCCAAGGGCCUUCUGGCGGUUCCCUCACUGAGAAGCAAAGUUACCGGGAACCAGGCAGAGGGCCUUCUUGGUAGUGGCGCCUGCCCUGUGGAAUGCCCUCCCAUCAGAUGUCAAGGAAAUAAACUACUAUCUGACUUUUAGAAGACAUCUGAACGCAGCCCUGUUUAGGGAAGUUUUUAAUGUGUGAUGUUUUAUUACAUUUUUUAUAUUCUGUUGGGAGCCACCCAGAGAGGCUGGGGAAACCCAGCCAGAUGGGUGGGGUAUAAAUAAAUUACUACGUACUACUACUACUACCACUACUACUACUAUUGCUACUACUACUAUCUUGUUCCUCACCUGAAGCAGCAAAAUAUCUUGGGCUGGCCCUGCAUAUGCUUCAUGUUGGCUUCUGAACUGAUAAAUCUGAUGGGUAGCACAGAUCCUGGAUUCAUGGGCAUAAUAACAGUGUGGGUUGCAAUCUAAACCAGUGUUUCCAGGUAGAUAUUCCCCUCCCCUCUCCCUGGGGUUUUGGGUCUGUGAAGAGGGUGAGGAGGCCUGGAAUUAGAAAAGGCGUUUAUGAGGUACAGAGUGAAAAAUUUAAUUAGGAACUAUGAGCCCCAGAAAUAUGGGCAUGUACAGAGUGCAUUUCUGUUGCCAUUGAGGAACUUCUAAAUUUAAUAAGAUGAUUCCACAGCACAACAAUAUUCCUUUAAACUUUUUUUUUUAAUGAUUCCUGGGAAUGGUGAUUGAUAGAUAAAUGUUGGUUAUAUAUUGAUUUUUCUUGAUUGUAUUUCAUUUACAUUCCCAAGAAUUUGGGUUGCAGUUAAUAACGAUUUUAUAAGCUCAUAAAGGGAUCAGUGAACUCAGAAGUUCGGGAAACCCUGAUCUAAACAGGCAUAAAAUUCCAGAGCUUUUGGACAGGAACUGUGGGGAUCCAAUGGAUUGGAUGCCUUGCGAGGGACAUAAAAAGGUACCGUAUCUUUACCUGAGACAGUGAGGAGUAGCAGUCAGUGCAGGAGUUGCUGGAAGGAGGAGUACAAGGUGCCAUCCAACCAUCUGAGGGACUCCAUUCCAGAUUUGUGUAGGGUUCGCCCCUUAGCCUUUCUUCUCCUGAAGAUGUGCCACAAGGCAGUGGAGAUUUAGGACCAGAGUUUUUCUUCUUCUAAAUGGGCCACCUUCCCAGGUUGAGGAGCCCCAUCUACUCAAGAGGAGACCCAUUGAAUACUUGGACCUAGGUUAGCCAUGUCUGCAAAUUUCAGUGGGUCUGAGUAUGAUCAGCAUGGGAUACAGCCCAGGGCCUUUACAAUAUAUCUACAGCCCUUCGGCGUUUAUCUCAUGUGAUGAUCUUCGUCGAGGGUUCUUGCUGUGGAGAAUAAGGCUGCCAAAGCCAACCAGCCAUGAGAGCUAUAUGUUGCCAUCAAGAUCAAGGGUGGCCUUCCUGCGAAUGAAGGUUACUGCAUGGGAACAUCAGUGGCAGAAUGCUGUUCUGUUCAUGACCUAUUUGUCCGUUCACCAUUGAGGCAUCUGGUUGGCCACUGUGAGGAAUGGGAUGCUGUGCAUUUCUUUACAAAAUUAAUUUUAUAAUACCAGGAAGUCCUGGUCUGGGUGGACUCGUGGUCUGAGUGUAAGGCCAUUUCAGAUGUUCAUAUGAUGCUCAGCUUGGAGAGAUUUUUUUUGGUGCUGAUUCAAGCGGCUGGAGAGUGUGUGCAAAUGGGAACUGUCAGGAUUUUGUUUCCAUUGCCAAAGAAUGGCUUGUCCAAGACGAGUGGAAAACCCUUCCCACCCCCUUGCGUGCAGAAAGCUGGUUUGCAAGAGUGUGCACCAAUGUGAUUCCUUACCAAGCCAGUAUUAACAGGUGCCUCAUGAUGUUAUUUCCCAGGCACUCUUCUUUGUUCUUCACCCAGGGGCGUUUUGUACUAUACGCCUGGAAGGAGUGUUUGAAAUUAUUAGCCGCUUGCGACCAAGUGAAGAUGCCCGGGCGCCAGGAUGUUGUCUGACGUCUCCACCAUCUCGGGGUGCAUGCCUGGGACUCCUUGGAUGUGGACAGGUUUCACACACUCAUACCACAUCCUGUAGAAUUAUGUCAGUUAUAUUUUAUAUGCACAAUCAGAAUGAAUUUCAGGAACCAAAAUGCUUUUUCUGUACAGCUGGAACAGGAGCGCUGAACAACGUUAUAGUCAAUUGUUGUAGCUUGUACUUCACUUACUCCGCCCCAGUGCCCUGCUUGCAGUUGUGAAGAAUAUUCUUACGUUAUGAAUGGUCCAUGCCUAGGGCUUUUUCAGCUGGAACUCAUGAACUCAGUUUUGGCAUCUCUCAGGUGAGUUCCAGCACCUCUCAGGUAGGCACCAUUGCUAUUCUAAGAGGAUGAGGGACGCAUUCAGGGUGAGUUCUGGCACCACUUUUUCUAGAAAAAUAGCACUGCAUGCCACCAUUAACAAAAAGAGGUAGGAAUCAGCCAAUAUAUAUGUGGAUAAAGUGACUUUUCUUCCUUAAGUUCUCAAAGUUCUUAACCUAGCUCAAGAUUGUCAUCUGAACAAGCCAGGUGACAGCCACUCAUUUGAAAAACAAGACUUAGCUGUCUGGCCCCAAAAUGGCAACUAGGCAAUCUGUUUUGGCGACUGUAACCUUGGUGUAAGGAGCCAUUUGGCACCUAGCUUAUAUAUCUGAGUUUCUAACACUGAUGAGUGGCAGAAAGGUACAGCUAUGCUUUAUGCUCUUCCAGUGUCUGUUGGUCUGCAUUCUCUUAUUCCAUAAUUGUAUUGAAAUCGGGCAUGAAGUUGAGAAUCACUUUCGUCCUAAAAGCUUAAAAAACCCUCCGCCUAUGACUGUGAAGGCUUGCAGUCAUAUGGGUUACGUGUGAUGAAGUCAGAGCAGCUGAGCAGAGCUGCUAAGUGUCACAGUUCCCUUCAAAGCAGAAAGUAUGUUUUGCAAGUGAAUGGACUUGCCAGAAAUGUUGUAAUUUGUAAUGUUGUAAUUUGUCAAAUGCAGUCCCUGCACAGGGUGCUGCACAGAGAGCUGGGUGUUCAUUCAUUUUAACAACUUACAUGAUAUCUUGGUCAUGCAAAAGCCAGGACUGUAGCUCAGUGAUAGAGCACCCUUGGCAAUAUAUUUUCAAACUGUUGUCCUAGGACCAUAGUGGGGUCUGCAAGCUCCAUUUGGGUGUUCUUAAGCAGUUUUAAUGUGCAGUUCUUUAAAAAAUGGCUUGUGUUUAUAUCUGUCAAGCUGUCUUGGUUGGGGGGGGGGUCAUUUUGAAGGGCAAAACAAUUCUGUGCAGUAGUAACAGCAAAUUUGCUCUUCCAAAGUGGAUCCUAUCUAUCGGGGUAACAUCACAUGUGUGGGGCUGGUGGGUGAGAAAUGGCCUCAUGACUAGAGAUUCCCGCUCCUGCCCCAUACACCUCUAAUGGCACAGUUUGCACGCAAGAAGGAGGUAUCUGUGGGCUUUCAGGCACUCCAUGAUUUGCAGAGAGACAGCAUUCCUUGCUUCCCCUGCCCCUCAAAAGAGAACCCAGUGAGGACUGAGCAUAUUCAGUGCACUAAAUAUUGAAAUUGGGGGCGGGGGCGGGGUGGAGAACAGAAAAUCCAGGAAUGGAGUAUGGGCAUGGCUGGCUGGAACCCUGAACUAGAGCCCUCCGCACCUCAGCGUCUUGCUCCAGGUUCCACUUGCAAUUCAUAACAAAACAAAAUGCUGGACUCAAUAGACUUUUUGCCUGAUCCAGGCAGUUGUGUAUGCGUGAGAAGUGUUUGUGUAUAUAGCAGGAACAGCAGGCUCUGAUAUCUGCCUACAUUUUCAGAUCUGUCUUGCAGACAGGGGUGUCUUUUGUAAUAGUGUAAACAAGCUGAAGGAUUCAUUUUACAUAAACCUCCUUGUGACUAAACUGGGUGUGGUGCUCAAAUAUUUCAAAAAUGUCCCUGCUCCAUUUCCCCCUUUGCCUUUAUCCCUUGGACCAGCUAUCCCUGGAAAGUUAUCUGGCUUUGUAUGACGGGCUUAGUUAACAAGUUUUUGUUGUGAGUGUAAAAGGAAGCAAAGCCCAAUACUCACAAAUCCUCAAAAUAAAUCCAUUCUCGGACUGGCCCUCCCCCCCCAAAAAAACUGGCCCUAAGACAUCUUACAUAAUUCAGUUGUUGCCUUUAUAUCUGUCAGGCCAUGAUAAACCUGGUAAUUGUGGCUUCACUUUUUAUUUUAUCUAAAAGGGCAGUCUCCAGACCAAUGUUUGGAGCACUUCAGGGUAUGAAAACGUGCUUAUUAAAGUUGGGUGUUAAUUUUUAUGUCCUUGAGAUGCACAACUUUCUUUCCUUGUCUCUUUCUUUCCUUUGACAAUAUGACCUUAGGUGGGUCCCCAAAGGAGCUUGUCUAGAGUCAGGCAAUUGGACCUUGUAGCUCAGGACUGACUUUUCUGACAGGCAGUGGCUCUCUGGGGGUCCCAACGCUGCUCCCCGGCUGCAGCCUUUUUUACAAGUGCCAUAAUAACGUUGGUUUCACGUACGUUAGGAAAAGCUUCUGGAAACAAAAAUAUCUUCAGUGGUUUCCAGGAAGUAUAAAGAGUGUGUCCCACUCUUUAUAUCUCAACAGGGAUUCUGUUCCACAGGGCAGGGGAAGACAUGGAAAGCCUAGAGCAGAAGUCUGACCUUUCAGGAGCACCUCAACACCUGAAACUAACAUUAUAGAUGCUAUCUAUUUUCUGCAAUAUUAUUAUCAAGCAAUUAUUAAUAAUAUAAGUGUGUGUGUAAGAUCUUCAGGAUCAGUCUCCUAAAACUACUUUGCCUGCUUUGGGAGGCAUUAAUGACAAGCAUGUUUGCCUCAUACAAUAGACAAUAGAAGCUGUUACAAUAAGUGCCACACUUUUUAACAGCAACCAAAAAAGAGGUGUCAGUGCUGUGUACCCUAAAGUACCCCCUGAAAAAAGUACUGCUUGAAAUUGACUUGGAGAAGCCCAUAGGCAUCGGUAUGGCUUUUGUCUGCUUUCCAGAUUGCUGGCCCAAGCCCCUUUGGGAGGCAGGUUGGGAGAUAAAUGGAAUAAAUGAAUAAAUACAUAAAUACAUGCAAAUGUGAUAUAAACGUAAAUGUGAUAUAAGUACACAGUUCCUUUAAUUGCUUCUAGGAAGGCUGUGCCAAGGCUGGUUAUGUGUUCAUCACAUGACAGGCCAAUCUCAAGUUUUUUGGCAGCUGGCAAAUUGGUGUUUAUCCGCUGUAAUUCUUCUCUUGCAUUUUUCUUUGCAGCAAAUGAGACAAUCUUCUGGGAUUAGAAUUGCAUCCCUUUUUCAUCCUUGAAAAUAGGUGGUUGUGUUGAAGUGGGAUUUGCUGUACUUGUGUUAGUAAGGAAGCCUGGAUUUGCACCUUGCUGUUGACAGUGGCAAAGUGGUGGGAACCCCCUCUUCUCGCUGAGGCAGAGCUGCUGUGAGACUGCGGAGCGAGAGAUGGUGUCCCGCUGCUCAGAGUGGUUUUGUGCUCCAGCUUGGAAUGCCGUUCUUCAAAGGAGAGACGCAAGCAAGCAGCUCUGUGGGGCUUGAGUAGACUUGCUGGGCCUCUGCUUUGAUUUCACGGCAACUUAAACAGCCCAGGCCUGAACCAGUAGAAACGAUCCAGGUGACUUAAGCAUUGCCUUAAGCAAUUAAAACAGCAAGGUGGAGAUUUCUUGGCUGGCUAGUGAGUUCCUAGCUUUGCCACUGAAGAGCUGGAGCACCUGAGACCAUGGCACAGCCUGACUGUAUACCUUUUGGCUGUAGCUUGGUGGAACAUCAUUAGCACAUGCACACAAAACUUGUAAGCUUUGAGGGCAGGUACAUUUUCAGACAUGUUUAAUGAGCAGGGAAGCGAGAGCUAAUGAGCAUUUGCACAGAAUGACAGUGAUCUGCAUUGCUCAGGCUGACAUUAGGCUGUUGGGACAAGUCCAGUCGGCACUGGCAGCGUUGGUUCUUCCUUCCAGCCAAGUAGCUUGAAUUGCAUCCCAGAGUCUUGCUGUCCUGAGAUCAUGCGCUCGGACACAGAUUCCAAAAAGCACGAAUGCGAUAAUUAGCAUUUGAAUCAUAGGGUUGUUGGGUGAGGUGGGUGGACUUGAGAAUGGCUUUCCUUCAAAGAAUUCUGGGAACUGUAGUUUAUAGGCUGCUGCAAACUGUAGCUCCUUGAUAAAUGAACUGUUAAAGUGGUAUGGAUGUGCUUUAAAUGUAUGGUGCGGAUGUGUCCUCUUCUGUGUGAUCGCUGUUGGAGGACUUGAAGAAUUCUAUCAUGUUUCCACCCUCCACAAUCUAAGGACUUGGUUUUAUACCUCUGACCAUCGUCAUUGUCUUCUUCCUGAACCCUUUCCACUUUCUCUGUUUCAGAAAUGGGGAACCUGUAGCUCUCCAGAUGGUGCUGAACCCCAACUCCCAGCAUCCCUGACUAUGACGGCUGGGGCUGGUGGAAGUUGAAGUUCAGAAACAACUCAAGGGCCUCAGGUUGGACACCCCGGACUAUACUUUUUUAGAAAGUGUGGCACCAGAGGGAUACAUCGUGUGCCAGAGGAGGUGUAGCUAGUGUGGAAUAAAGUGACACCAUUGAUUCCAUGGCUUGGAAAUGUGGUUCUUUUUACUUCGAAUCACAUGUGCCUGUUGCCUUUUGCAGCUGCAUCACACUUUAGGCUUUGCUUGUGUGCUAGCUGUAAUCUCACAAUUAUUUUCAUAUGUUUGAGCUCAGGCCUGGACAGAGAGGACACUCCAGAACAAUAGGUUUGAUUGCUGAGUCACUGUGGAUGCCACAAUACAAUACAAGGAUUUGUUUUUGCUCUCUGGGGCUAAUUUACACUGCAGGUUUUUCUCCAAGGAGCUCAAAGUGGCAUACAUGCUUCCCCCCCUCCUCAUUUAAUCCCUGUAGGUUAGGCAGAGAGUGAGCAACUGGUGCAAGGGCACCCAGUGAGCUUCACGGCUGAGUGGGGAUUCGGACCCUGGUCUCCCAGGUCCUACUCUGACAGUAACUGGUGCAUGAUACAUGCAGUCAGCACCCAGACUUGCUUUUUCUCUGUGUUCUGUGCUCAGUGCACUGCCACCUGCUGAGCAAAAUAAUGACAAUACUGAUGAUGAUGGUGGUGAUGGUGAUGAUGAUGAUGAUGAUGAUUAUAAUAAUGUAAUUCUGGGGUGUGUGCAGAGUGUAGGUUGGGAUGAGCUCCUCUAUAACAAUCCCUGAUUUUAGAUAGGUGUUUCUCAACCAGGUAGGCAUAUAUAAAUACUUGGGUGGGGGUGUCAGGGUUUCCCCCCAAAAUGUGUUCAAUAUAAGUAGGGGGGGAAAUAAAAUUUCAAUUCUCAUAAUAUUCCAGUCUUUUCCAAAAUUCAUAUAUAGUAAUUAGGCGGGCCGUGGGGUUUUUAUCUUUUGCUUUCAUCAAGGUGUGGCCUCAACGAAUGCUAGGUAUGAUAAGCUUCCUGUUUGGAAGUCGUGCUGAUUCUUCCUUGCCAAAGCCUGCUCUUCAUUUUAAUGAUUCCAGCUUUAGUGCCAUGCUUUCGGCCACUUUACCUGGGACAGAAGCCAAGUUAAAGGAUCUGAAACUUCCGAACUCCCCCAGAUUCCUUUUUUAAAAUGGUGCCAGAUUUGCUAUCUUACAAGAGGGAAGUUUGAGUGAAGAUUGCACAUUUUGUUGGAGGAGCAAUAAUUUCAUAUCUGUGCCAACUAGAUCUGAUGAUGUUAAUUUAUAGUUUGUCACUUUGCCCUGGUACUUGAUCUUGUGCUGCUUCUACCCCAAACCGUUUCUCAGCAUGAUUAUCUUUACAGCACAAAUUAAAAUUGGCUUUUGCACGACAGGCCCAGAAUAAUGUGGCUCUGAAACCGCAGAAGGCUCUUGCUUUGUCCUACUCAUUUCUACUCUUGUUUAAAGUGGGUGCUCAUUACUGAGACAUGCGAGACAAGUACAUACAGUUCUCGUUUGCAGCUUCUGUUGUAUUGAGAGUAACAGCAAUAAAGUUCUCAGGGUCCGGGUUUUGUGGGGAGAGAGUGCUAUCCUGUUUGGCUGAGUUAUAGCGCCCCCUGCUGGCACGCUGUUGGAGCCUGUGUGUAAGUUUCCUUGACUUAUUUAUUCAUUUUUAAAACGGGUCUCCACAGAUUAGGAGUUCAUAGCUCCUCCAGGCCUGCCUCUCCCCGCAUGAACCAACCUGGACAUUGUCUGAGUCCCGGCUUCAUAUGCCAACUCAAUAAGGGGCCUGUUCCGUGAUAGCUCCCUGUUUGUGGAAUGCUCCCCCCAGGAUUGCAUGCCUGGCACAGUCACUGGCUGUUUUUAGGCACCAGGCAAAACCUUUUUUAUUCACCCAGGUCCAUGUUGUGUUUAACUGGGAAGGUAGCUAGAGAUGGCAAUCUCUGUUGCAGUCCUCUUUCAAGUGGACUAGGUAGCGCUUUUCCUUUCAAAUGCACUGUCAGUUGAGUAGUUUUAUUCUGUUUUGUUUUGCUGCUGAGUGUAAUGGCUUUGUUUUAUCAGUGUGGCUGCCUUUGUGGCACUUGAGUGCAAAAAUGCAUAGAUUAGAUUAGAUUGGAUUAGAUAAAAAAGCUCAGUGGCAGAACCUGGUGCCCUCAACUUAAUCCUGGGGGCCAUCAAGGGCUGCUUUCCUCAUGCUUCUUCAAUUCUUUCUUUCUAGACCCGGAUGCAGAGUUUGCAGCCCGACCCCAAAGCCCAGUACAGAAGUGUGUUUGAGGCCCUGAAGAAGAUGAUCCAGACGGAAGGCUUCUGGAGACCCUUGCGAGGGAUCAACGUGACUGUGGUGGGAGCCGGCCCAGCGCAUGCCCUGUACUUUGCCUGCUAUGAGAAAAUGAAACGAAGUUUCAGUGACAUUAUUCGCCACGGAGGGAACAGCCACCUGGCCAACGGUAUAUUGACAUAACCAACCCAGGGUGCCAUCCUGGUCCCUUGCCUCUCAAAUGGUGUACUUUUUUCUUGCGCUCUGGCAUCUUCCGCCUGCAUUUCUGCUUCUGGAAAAAAGACGCUGGGAAGACUCCGCCGGUGGCCGCCUAAGCGCUCUCUUGCUGCAUUCAACUCCUUGUCUGUUUUCCACAGGCAUCAGCAGUGUUAGAGUCUCGUGUAUGAAGAAUAAAGAAGCCACGUAGUGCUCCAGAGCCCCUAAAAGUUAGAUGUUGGAGAAGCAUUUGACCCUGAGCAACUCUGGUUGGGGCCAUAGGAAGCAGAUAUUUGAAGCAACUUGUUGGUCAAGCUUGGGUAGCCCUCUAGGGAAGCAGGUUCUUAGGGCUUUUUUUGGGGGGGGGGACAAAUUGCUUCUGCUUCUAAAUCAGUAUCUAAUCUUAUUAAAUCUAGCCAUUGCAUUUAUAUAUUGCCUUUCUGCCAGGGCACCAAAGAUGCAGUGGUUGCUGGUGCCUUUGGGACACUGUAGGGCAGGAGGCAGGGAGAUCAACAGUAAGUGCAGCCAGAGCCGCUCUAGUUUUGCCCCAUCCUCUGCCUCCCUGCUAAGUUCUGUAGCGCAACACUGAGACCAGGGAGGAGGAGGAGGAGGAGGAGGAAGCUGACAGGCAUGGCCACCCCUUAGACUGGUUUCAAGUAGAAAGGCAAGCUAGUUGGGGGCUGGCUGACGGCAGACGGGUUGGUGGGGCAGGGCCCUGUUCACCCUAAGACGGUGGUUUUCAACCUGUGUGCCGUGGCACCCUGGGGUGCCUUGAAUGAUGCUCAGGGGUCCCUCUUUCCUUCCCUCCCUCCUCUGAUGCCCUCUUGCGUCUCUGCCUCCCAAAGGCUUGCACAGCUGUUUGUGGCUGUAGCCCUGGCUACAAGCUUCCCAGGCGAAUGGUGCUUCUGGGGCUGGCCAGGGGGUGCUGGUUGCCAGGAGCUGAGGCAGCCUUGGAGUAAGCAAGCAAGUGGGUGAGGGAGCCCAGCCAGCCAGUCCUCCAGCCCUUGCUGUUGGGAAUGGACAGACAAGUCCCAGGCCCCUGUGGGGCAGGGGAGGGGCAGCUCAGAGAGGGAACACUUCACAAGGGCGGGUGUUUGAAGAAGGGUGAGAGGCUGCCAGCUCUGCAGGCAAAGGGGGACAUAACUGGACUCCUGAGCCCCACAGGGGAGCCGCAGAAAGAACGUAGUUGGUCAAGGGAGCCAUGGACUCAAAAAGGUUGAAAACCUCUGCCCUAAGGAAUCAGCCUCUGUUGCCAAGGUGGCUUAGAAUUAUAAAACACUAAAACAAGUGAUCUAUAGCAUAAAGUUGGCUGGAGGAGCAGUCCAAGCGGAGAAGGUCCCGAUUCUCUUUGUCUGCCUGCCUGCCUGCCUCCCUCUCUUGGCUGUCAUCUUCAGAAGCUUACGUUCUGGUCUAGCCAGCCAAAUGCCUUUGUUCUUGCUUUGUCCCCCAGUAUUUGGAGGUAUCUGACCUUUCUUUUGGGAGGUUUUAUUUGGGGCCUGUGCUGAUAUUCCCACUCUUGAGGGAACUAUAGUAAUAACCCAUGGAAUAAAUUCUUCACUCUCUGAAUUUGCACCUGCCUGGCUUUGUAACCACAGAUUAAUGGAUUAAUGUAGAAAAACAUCCAAUUUAAAUGCAGUCAGUAUUUCAGGCUUGGUGGUCUAAAAUACAAGUCAAUGUGUAUAGUAUUAUGCAGGGUGUUUUUUAAAUAUAUAUCUAUAUAUAAAGUGUGCCUCUGAAAUAUUAUUUAAUAUGCAGAAAUCAGUUUUAAAGAAUCCAGUGCAUAUAGCAGAUGCAGACAGUGGGUCGCUUUCAACUAACUUAGAGUAGGCCCAUUAAAAUGAAUGGACCCAAGUCAGCUUUGUGUAUUAAUUUCAGUAGGUCUAUUCUGAACAGGACCCUCUUUGGAUGCAACCCAGUGUCUCUUCAGGUACAAAGUUGCCCAUGGCCAUUUCAGGGGACAUGUCAGCUAUUGCUGGCUGUGUGGCCAGUCACAACCUAAUGAACUGUGUCUUCUCGGUGCUGGGGAAUCUCUCUCAUACCCCAACAUUAUGAUUAUAUAUUUAUUUGUCCCCUGCCUUUCCCCUCACAUUAAAGGAUUGUUUGAAGGGAGCAGCACUUAGCAUAUUUCCCUUGCUCAGAAUGACAACAUGAUGCCAUAGCCACAAAAGAAUAAUGGAGGGAUAAAAAAACUUAAAAAACAACAGUGUUCUGAAACAAAUAGGAUUUAUUUAUUUUCAGUUGAUCCAAUUGGGACACUUUAGAAAAGUGUUUUAAAUAGCAUGUCAUGGCUGUACAUAAUCUUAAUAAUGUUAUGUUUUACGUAUCCAGUAUCAUAUUUGAAAUAUGUUAAGACUUAAUUCAGAAAUGCAAAUUGGGAGUGCAAAUAUGUCUUUUGUUGAGUAUCUUUUGAGGUUUAUCUUCUUGUGUUUUGGUUUGAGGUUGCGGUUGCUCCCUCCCCCCCCCCCGACUUUUUCAUAACAACUUCGUCAUAGGUAGGUGUACCUGGAAGUCAGUAUGGGCAGGUAGACAGUUUAAAACACAGACUUGCUUUGCACAACUGCGCAGAUGAAUUUCAUAAGAACGAACUGCCAAAGAAGAACCAUUCUUCCCCCAGAUGGUCUCUUAUAAGUUGCUGCGCUGUAUUUUUGCAAAUGGUGAAUGCUUUCAUAUGUCUACUGUGGCUUUUUUAUAUAAAAGUGUUGUGGGGGCUGUUUUUCUUUUUCUUUUUAAAAGGAGCAAUGUGAUUCCUGAUGAUGUUGCAUAAAUAAGGGUGAUUAUGUAUUGUGCAUUCAAGAGCUCAUUUGUGUGCAAAAGGAAAGGCGAAUUGUUGAGGAUUGGUUUGUGAAAGGGGACUUGUCUUUUUUGUAUGUUUGUGCAGGAAUGGCUGGGAGCUUAGCUACCCUACUCCAUGAUGGUGUUAUGAAUCCAGCUGAAGGUAAUGCCCUCGCCUAUCAAUAGUUCCGUGGUGUUGAGCGGAGGAAAGGAGAAUUAAAAUUGGCAGGAACCCAUAAGACCUACAUAGUGCUUUGAAUUGUUUCUUAAUUUUAAACUGUUUUAUUGUUGAUUCCCCCCCCCAUGAGUUUUUAUGGGAAACUAUUCACAAAUGGAGUCAAAUAAGUAAAUGAAAUGUUGCAGAUUGGGAGACACAGGCAGUUCAGCAUUGCCAGUAAAAAGGUAAGGGUAAAGGGACCCCUGACCAUUAGGUCCAGUCGUGACCGACUCUGGGGUUGCGGCGCUCAUCUUGCUUUAUUGGCUGAGGGAGCCAGCGUACAGUUUCCGGGUCAUGUGGCCAGCAUGACUAAGCCGCUUCUGGAGAACCAGAGCAGUGCACGGAAACACUGUUUACCUCCCCGCCGGAGCAGUACCUGUUUAUCUACUUGCACUUUGAUGUGCUUUCGAACUGCUAGGUUGGCAGGAGCAGGGACUGAGCAAUGGGAGCUCACCCCAGUCCGGGGAUUCGAACCACCAACCUUUUGAUUGGCAAGUCCUAGGCUCUGUGGUUUAACCCACAGCGCCACCCGCGUCCCUAGCAUUGUCAGUACUGACUGGUAAAUGACUCCCAAAUUUCUGCGAGGGUCACCUGGGAAUUGAAACGGUACAUUUAGAGCAAUUACAUUAGUUUUGUUUCAGAAAGGGCAACUCCAGCUCCCAUCACACCAUGCUUUUAAGUUCUAUGAUACCACUUUAAACAGCCACGCCUUCCAUCCAAGAAUUCUGGGAGCUGUAGUUUGUUAAGCCCCUAUUACCCUCACAGAGCUACAGUCCUCAGAGUUCCCUGUGAAGAGGCAUUGAUUGUCAAACCAUGCUGGAAAUAAUAGCUCUGUGAGGGGAAUAGAGGUCUCCUAAAAGCUCUCAGCGCCCAGCAUUUGUUGGGGGAAGCCGUGACUGUUUAAGGUGGCGCCCUAGUGCUGUAAAGGUAAGGUCUGAAUGUGGCCUCUGUCUGAUGCAGACACUUUUGUGACUGACAAAUGUCCCCGCUUGGCAGCCUUGAGAAUCCAAAUGAAAUCUACUUUAAACUUGACAGGGGAUUGGGUGAUUGAUAUUUAAUCUGCCAGAUACUUUAGUGUAUUUGGCUUUGCAAGUUUAAAAUGUUAAACUUUUCAGAUCUUGUAAUUCUGAAAUUAAACUUUUGGGACUUUGUCUUCCUCAAAUAUAUUAUCUGGGAAAUUACAAUGGCCAUUAUUUACUAUUCUGUUAUUGGUUGGUACGCACCGCCGAAAUCUGUGAAUUGCAUCUAAUUUGGCUUUUCUUAUUUCUUUUGUUUCCCUGCUCGGGGCGCACCCAACACCUCGCUGUGCCUUCCUGCCCACUGAGCCAGUGGUGAAGCAGCGCAUGCAGAUGUACAACUCUCCGUACAAGACGGUCCUGGAGUGCAUCCGGACGGUGCAUCGGACGGAAGGGAUGGGUGCCUUCUACCGGAGCUACAGCACCCAGCUCACCAUGAAUAUCCCCUUCCAAGCCAUUCACUUCAUGACCUAUGAGUUCAUGCAGGAGCAGAUCAACCCCUGCCGACAGUACAAUCCAAGUACGCACAUCAUAUCGGGGGCUGUGGCUGGGGCUGUGGCGGCUGCUGCCACGACUCCCCUGGACGUCUGCAAGACUCUCCUCAACACGCAAGAGAACAUGGUGUUGAGUUCUGUGAACGUUAGCGGACAUCUCUCUGGAAUGGCCAAUGCCUUUAGGACAGUGUACCAGCUGGGGGGCAUCGCUGGGUAUUUUAAGGGGGUCCAGGCAAGGGUGAUAUACCAGAUGCCUUCAACUGCCAUUUCCUGGUCUGUGUAUGAAUUCUUCAAAUAUGCACUUACAAAGCGUGAACUGGAGAAGGGGACACCGUGCUGACGUGUCCUGGUGCUGCAGCUGCAACCCAGAACCUCUGAGACGGCAGAGUCCCUUUGUGGGGGUGCUGGAAUUCUCCAGGGCUCUUUAUGUGACUGUGUAAAGGUUUCUGGUAGAUUCACCCCUGGGGACUGCUGUGUGUGUGUGUGUGUGUGUGUGUGUGUGUGUGUUUUCUUAGAUGCCAGAGAAAUUGAUUCUGUACCUUCCCCCCUGCUUUUGUUAAACCAUAUUGUGCAAGGAUUGUUUGGCUUGAACAAGUAUUUAUAGUUUUAUUUGGAGUUUAUAACUGUGACCAGUUUGUACAGGGUUCUACAAGGCUUGAAAUGCUUUUGAGGGCUGCCCCUGAGGGGCAAGGGGCAAAGAGAGUUCUUGUGGAUUGGACUUUCCUCUCUUUGAAAAUGUAAAAGAUUGAGCCUUUUAGCUGAACAAAGUUCUGUAUAGAGAAAUUAUGCGAUAUAAAUUGAUGGAUAAUGUUUAUCCUUUUAUUUUUCUAUAUCAGUGAGUUGGGUGGCUUUUAAGAGUUCUAACAGCUGAACAAGAGUUAUUUUUGUGUGUGUGUCAGAAGAGGCUUCUGCACUAUUUUGAAAAAUUGUGAAUAGCAUUAUCCCCACCCCUCCUGAACCAGAAUGGCUUUAAUCAUCACUUGUUGUCCAGUGUCAUAGUGGUAAAGAAUUCUCAAUCCUUAAACAGCUCCUUAAAUUCUUCUGAAACUGGAUACUCAAAGAGGCGUAGGACUUUGAAAUCUUAAGAAACUGCCUUAUGUGAGUCAUUUCCCUUUUAAUGUAUUGAGAUCGGUAGGCACUUCUGGAAACUUCAACCAGUUUUGACUAAUACCGAGUAGAAGACCAAGAGUACGUAGUUUUGCAUAAAACUGUGUUUUAGCAAACCCUUAAAUGCCUCUGAUGGUACUUUAAAACCAAAUUGCAUCUCAGUUUCUGAACAGGUGUUGUGUGACUUUCCCCCACUAAGACCCCUGUGCCUGUCCAAGACCUUUUGCAGCUGUGUGUGUGUGUGUGUUUUUGCAAAUUUCACUCCUGCAAGUGUGCUGAGGGGUGGGGCAUCAGUUUACAUUUCCUUAGGAAAACUUGCCUUGAAUCACUUCUUGUUUUUGUUGUUGUUUUUAAAAAAGGAAAAGGCAAAAAAGACUGACAAGAAAAGGCAGCUCUUUGUUGCGGUACAGUUAUAAUGCCUCUGAACCAAAAAGCCUUUGCAGAGGCAGAGACAAACUUCACUCCCGCCCCCCCCCCAAAAAAAGAGAGAGCGGUGAUGUUGCUCUUGGCCCUCUGGCCUGUACAAAUGAAGGUAUGUAGAGUUAGUUCUAGCACUUGUGAUAGCUUUGUGUCUGCUUUUUUAUGAACAUGUACAACUUUUGUGCUGUCCCAGAAACGUUUUGUCCACACAAAGAGUACAGUUUACAGUGGUACCUCUAGUUACGAACUUACUUCAUUCCGGAGGUCCGUUCUUGACCUUAAAUUGUUCUUAACUAGAGGCGUGCUUUUGCUAAUGGGGCCUCUUGCUGCCGCUGCGCCGCUGGCACACGAUUUCCGUUCUCAUCCUGGGGCAAAGUUCUCAACUCGAGGUAACUCUUCCAGGUGAGCGGAGUUUAUAACAUGAAGCAUUUGUAACCUGAGGCGUUUGUAACUCGAGGUACCACUGUAUUUUUAUUAUAGAUAUAUAUUAUUUAUAUAUAUAUAUAUAUAUAUAUAUAUAUAUAUAUAUAUAUAUAUAGUUAGCAAAUCAGGAUUGCAACUGGAUGGUCCCGUUUGUUGUGUGCUACACAUCCCUGUAUGUGGGAAAUGUACAAUUCUAAAGCAAGAUACCGUAUUGGCCCGAAUAUAAGCCACGCUCCCCCCCCCCCACUUCCAACCAUGAAAAGUUAAAGUGUGGCUUAAAUUCGCAACCUUACAGAAGUUGGCUUUUACUGUGCUAGGUCUGUGGCCCUGAAACAGCUGUGCUAGGUCUGCGGCCCUGCCUUGCCUUCCAGGGCCGGAAUGGAGAGAGCGCCCCCCCCCCCCAGAUGCCAGCACGAGGGCUGUUGGGGGUGUGGGACAAUGCUACCCAUCCCGACUGUGGCUCCCACGCCUCCCCCAAGGCGUCAGGGGGGUGGGGGGGAGGCCGCCAGCAAAGCAGCACAGCUCCCCCCCCCCACCCCAGGAAGCAUCCCUGGAGCAUGGGGGAAUGGUACCCGUAGGAUUUUCUUCUACAUUUGCCAUUUACAGGUGUGAGUGCCUGCAGAAUUUUAAGGGAGUGGCUUAUAUUCAGGUAUUGUCUUUUCUUCUUUUCCCCCUUUGAAUUUUAUAGGUGUGGCUUAUUUGCAGGUGCGGCUUAGAUUUGGGUCAAUACGGUACUUAAAAAAGAAGAAAUAAUCCUGUUGGGAUUUAAUUGAACAAUAUAUAAGAAAUAAUUGUAACGGUCUGCCUCUUCCAAAGUGCCUGGGUCUAUACACUUUAUAAAUAAUAGUUAUUUAUAAAUAGCAGCUAUUUCAUAGUAAUCUCAAUGCACUUGGUGGACUGGCUGCAGAUCAGCCUGAGGGGAAUGGAAGUUCCAUACACCUGGUGGGGCCAUGGGGAUGAAGGCUGCUCCAAGUCUGUGGGUUGUAGAUGGUUGCUUUUGUGCUUGAAAGUGCCAAAGCUCAACCUGAUCACUUUAAUUAUAAAUACUAAUGCACAACUGCUUCAGAUUAUUCCAGUCUGCUUCCUCAGCAGCGAGAAGUGAAACAAAAAUACCUCAGAGGUUCCUUUUCUUUCUUUGGUGGGUAAUGGUGGGCUUAGAGCUGCUGCUGCUCAUUUGCAGAUUGGCUGCUACCUUUUGCCGCCAUCCCAAAUCUUUCUAAUCAGUGCUUUUUUGUGGGGGGGGGGAGUGCAGAAAAGACCCAAAAGGUGCCGGUACUCAUAUCUUUAAAAAGAACCAUGAGUUUCAGUACAAAAUGGCUACCAUGGGCAGGGAAAAAAAGGUGAUGGUACUCCAUACUGGUCUGUACUGUCACAAAAAAGCACUGUUUAUAAUAUAUUUGUGGCAGAACUACAGGGUGUGCGUGAUAUGGGGCUGGUUCUUGAAAGAGCACCCCAUGUAAAUUUCCCCUUCAUCUCCCCACCUCAUCCUGACAUGGUGAGUAGGGUCACUUUUACCAUGUUGUGAUUGUAUGUCCACACAGCACAGGCGCCUGAUCUCACCACUUGGGGGAAGUGUUCCUACUGGGAUGGGCAGCCGGGGAGUAACUGACACAAGUCUUGUCUUCAGGGUUGGGUGUAACACGGAGGUCUGCCCUAGAACUUGCCGUGAUCACUGGCCAAAGCACUACACCUGGAAUUGCCCUUUACUUGACAGGGAUGAUCAUCUGCUUUCUGAAGGUGUCCUAAGGUCUUCCUGUGGAGGGAUAAGCAGUCCCAAAGCCUCCUGCCAUUUGAUGGUUAUAUCAGACAAAUUUUGAUCUCCCCUCACCCUGCUGUGGCAUUUAUUUUGAUUUAGGUGGGUUUCUCUCUUCCAUGUGUGUGUGUUUGUAUUCUCUGGCAAAAAGAGGAUUCUGUUCCUGGUGGUCAAAUAUUGAUUGUAGAGGUGCACAGUUGAAUUUGUAAAACACCUCUUGCAUCACUACUUAAGCAUUUUCAAAAUCAUGUGUCUCUUGCUUCUCGACUUUUUUAGCAUAUAUGUUUGGAGCAGAAGGAGGUUUUGGGUGGUAUUCCACUGUAUCCUACACAGAGUAGACCCAUUGAAAUUAAUGAACCUAAGCUAAACAUGUCCAUUAACUACAAUGCUUCUACCCCGAGUAAAUAUUGAAUUUGUUGUCAAGCUUGCACUAAGUUUUAAAACCAUUCUGUUAAUACUUCUCACUGAAUGAUUUCCAGGAAGCUGAUGGAUUUUUUUAAAGGUACCACUCAAUACCUUCAGUCAAAUGUUCUUCUGCAAUGUACUUGCAUGCUGAUUUUCAUUGCCCUUCUGAAUACAGGCACUGAUCACUUGGAUAUAAAUGCAGACAGCAGUCCCAGCAUACGUUUAGUAACUUGGCCCUUGAGUAACUUCCUAUUGUUGGGGAAUAAUCUUUGCUGUUGCCUUUUUGGAGAUGUAUGAGAGCUAGAGGCAUGUUGGCUAAAAGCAGGGUUAGUGCAUUACGUGACUGGGGAAAACAGAAUUAUUAUAGCAGCUACUGCUGGAAGACGAAUGUGUGUGCAUCAUGGCUAGUUGCCUGUUUGUUCAACUGAAAAUGGAUAUUAGGUUGCAAAAUCAAUAGGAUUAUUUUUCAUUCUCUUAACAGUGUGUAUGUAGCAUUUUCAGCCUUUGGAAUGUAGAGGGAAAAGACAUUCCAGAGUGUCAUACAAACCAGAGGAGAGUUUAGCAAUAACCUUGAGGACUGAAAUUUAAAAUUGAUUUCUACACCUGUCCCAUCAUGUCAGGCAGAAGACUAGGCUAGGUUCCCGUACAGUCUAGAUUUCUUUGCCAAUAGAAUUUUUGUACGGACACGGGUGGGGAACCUUGUGGCCCUCCAGAUAUUGGACUCUACCAGUGCCCAUUCUAGAUGGGGAUGAUGGGCGUUUUAGUGCAACAACAUCUGGAGGUUCCAUCACACUUGAUAUAUAAUGUAAACCUCCCUCUUACAUUCUGAAGUGCUACAACCCAGACAUGGGUUCAGCAGAAUGCUCAGGACUAGGGCAAGUAUUCAUGGCCAAUUGUUUCCCCCUUUGAAUAGUAGGGAUGCACCCUCACCCACCCUGCUCAAUGCCUUACUACAAGCUGCUUUUGAAAAUCCCUCCUUUUCAGAAAUUUGUUGGAUGUGUAUGUUUGGACAGGGCUUGCCUUGGAUGAACUGUGCACAGAACUAGUGACAUAGCUUUUUUUGAAUUGGACCCAACUUUCUAUUCGUAGAUCAGAGUUGCUUUUGCCCAAGCGACUGGUGGAUAACCACAAGUCUUCCACUACAGGAACAUGCUGCAAGGGUCUGUAGCAUGUUGGUUAUGCCACAUGCCUGCUUAAUCACUGCACAUUUUAAAACAUUUUAUGCACGAAACCCUCUAUCACAAGAAAGCGUGAAGCAGUCUCCCAGUCGAGUUGGAAAAUAGGCCUCUGGGAAAAGCAGUUUGGAAUCAGCUCACGCUUUUACUAGUGGUGUGACUGAAAAAGAAGCAGCAUAAGCUAGCCAAUCAGGGAUCCAGUUCACAGCAGCAUCUGUGCUUGCUAAUGUUGCAGAAUGCAUGCAUGAGAAGACAGAAGUUGCUGCGAGAGGGAGAUCUGUAGCCGUGUCCCUUAUGCUGCUGCCGUUAAUACAUGCCUGUGACCUUAAGGACAGUAACCGUUAAUACAUGCCUGUGACCUUAAGGUCUAAAAUCAACCAAAUAUAACUGACCCAGCCCAAAACUCUGCUGGCUAGUAUUUUUUAUUCUGUUGGGAAUAUGAUUCAAAAUACAAAAGAGGCAUGGGGGUGGGGCCUUCCUGGACCAUGCUUCUGGCUAUGUUCCAGCCCUACAUGUGCACACCAGUAGUCUGGCUCCUGAGGUCAUUUUCCCUAGCCAGAUUGUAAUUCUGUAAGAAGGUGUGUGUGUUGGGUAGAAUGGGGAGGGCAGGGUUCAGGAGCCUCGUCAUCAUGUUUUCUGCUUUAAACCUCACCAACCACUGUGCACACAAUUGGGGACAGGCUUACAUUUAAAGACUGGUCUCCCUUGAUGCCUAUUUGAAUUGAUUUCCUUGCAAUCUAGACCAGAGGCUAGGAUGUCACCAUGAACUUGGCUGGCUUCUCACAAGCUAAUCUGUGAAGCAGCUGGGGAAGAUUCUGACAGCCACCAGUGGGAUGCUCUCUGAGUGCAGUCUUCAUUUUUUAAAAAACAAACAAAUCUGAAUACUCAUUAAUGACUAGUGGCUGGGACUGGAGCUCCCCUUCUAAAACAGAGUAGGAAAUGUGUUCUCCAGGGAUUACAGACUACACCUGCCAUCAUUCCUGACCAUUGCUAAUGGUGGCUGAGGCUGAUGGGCAUGGGGAGCCCGAUGACAUCUGGGGGGGGGGGGUGACUCGCUCCCCGCCUCUGCUCUAAAGCCAUUUUCAGCUAUGCCAUGUCUUGGCUUAAGAAAUUAAAAUAUUCUAGCAGCUAAAGUUUUUUGAAAGGUCUCUAAGAAACAAAGCAGACAAGUGCACACAUUGCUGCUUUGCAUGCUAUAAACGCACAUUUAUUUUUUAAAAAACAAGGGUGGAUUUUAAAAAAUUGAUAUUUUGUUCUUCUAAAAUUGCCUUUUUAUGUAUUUACCAAUGUCUACUUUUUAAAAGAAUGUUUCUACAUAUAUGUAUAUGUAUAUAUUUAACAGGGGAGAAAGUUGUUUUUCUGAGAAAUGCUGCUACAGUUAAAACACUGGAGCUUAAGAAAUAAAAGUAUUUGAUCUGAUUUCCAUAUGCAUGCAUUUUGUGUUUGAUUUUUUUUUGGGGGGGUAAAUGGUAACUAGGAACUUAUACUCAAGUUGUCUGUGGGGCAGAAUUCUGCAAUAUGUUAAUUAUAUUUUAUCCCACCUACCUCCAAGGAUCCCAGGGCGGUGUUACAUGGUUCUGUUCCUUCAUUUUGUUUUCCCCACAUCCCUGUGCGGUAGAGCAGGCUCAGUGAAUGACUGACCCCAAAUAACUCGGUGAGCUUCAUGGCUGGGGAUGGGGUGGGAUUUGAACCAGGGUGUCCUCUGAUCAUCACAAUUAUAACAAAUAAAGGCUUGACUUAUCUCGCUUUGCAUAUCAUGAGUCUAUCUCAUAUAUUAGUUUCACCUUUUAAGUUGAAUUACUGAAAUAAAUGAACUUUUCCACGAUAUUCUAAUUUUUCGAGUUUCACCUGUACAAACCUGGUACUCACAUCAAAGUGAAGACAUGUACCUUAAAAUGUGUUGUAAGCACACAAAUACAUGUUCAGAGAUGCAUCUUCUGCAUACCUGUUGACUCUGGCAUCACAGAUGGAUGUGCAAAGCGGCUCUUAUCUUUUUUCUGCAUGUGGAAGCACCACAAAACAACUGUUUUACAGAAGAAAAUUUGGUGAUCGCUGAGACUCCCCACCCACAGCAGCCGGUAGAACACACCCCCAACAAAUAAAACACUGCCAAAAAACAGAUCCCUUCCUGACAAAUAAAAAAAUAUAAAUUGGGAGUGGCAGCGGCUCCUGUUGGGCUUGGAAAAGUUGUCUGAUGGUAUCCGUGGGUACCAUUUGCAGGCCCCAGUGCUAUGUUAUAAUGCACACUAUAUGUAGAAAUACAUAUCCUGUGUAUUUGGAGAUGGGUGAUGGAAAGACACAGACCCCCUCCAUGACCCUAGGAAAGGAUUUCAUGAUUUGGUAGUUGAUAAGAAAUUCAUAAAUGUACAGAAUUCAGUAGCCUGUGUUAUUUUAUGAAAUAAUAUCUCUAGCACAUGAGACAGUGCAAGUAGAUUUUAAACUGUGGAAGCAGAUGGCGGGGUUUCAGAAACUGAAAUAUGGGGUUUCUAAGGGGCUGGAGGAGGGACAGUUUCUCUUUUCCAAAGUUCAAAUGCAAAAAUAAAAAUAUUUAUGUUCAUACAUACAAAGAAAGCAAACUUUUUUUGCAUUCUGCCAAAAGGUGGCCGGGUGAGACUUCCGGGGUGGCGCCAUCGGUAAUGGCGGACUCCCUCUGAUCCGGAGGGACUAGCUCUACGGAAAUCGGGUCUGUUCCACUACGGCGAAGCGGGGACCCUUUAAAAAAUCACAGGCGGGUGAAGCCUGUGACCGUGGGACUCGGCGGGCACCUUUCGCGCCCCCCCAAUUCGUAAAGGAACCCAAUUACGGGCUCCGGAGCGAAGCGGGGCAAGUGGCGCGGUGCUGAGAGUCAACUGCUUCUUCCGUGGAGCGAAGCCGCACAGCCGUUACCGGAGAGCGCUACCUUUUUCCUGUGGCAAUCUGGCUACAAAAACAACUACCCGUGAGUAGGUUAAAUUUGGACAAUUGGACUCUAAACAACGACCCAUGAGUAGAACGGAAAAUUGGAUUAAGAAAUUUCUUUUAAUUUGGCACUGAAGUGGGAAGGUCUAAACAGGAAGUCAGCCUUCCGUUUCUUGUAGAUAGAUUAAAGCAAAGACAUGGCAAACUAGAGUUUAGAAAAUCGUCUGUAAAGGAUCAACUUUCAUCAUCUAAAAUUACUGAACCCCCUUUGGAAGCAGGAGAAGAGGGGGGAUUUUUUUCUGGACUGUUUAAACCUGCAGAAGAGAGUGUAAAGAAAAGUAAUUUUCCACCGUCUUGAACCUGGGAGCGGGGUGUCAGGACAGAUGUUUUCGGGAAGUUCAUUGACUAUAGACAAACGUGUGUUUUUUUAAAGAUAUUUAUUGAAAUUUUCAAAGUGUUACAAAUAAGAAAAAAUAAAAUAGAAGCAGAAGAAAGUACAAAUAAAAUAGUUGACAAAGUAGAAAAAAAACAAACAAACCCCUUCCCACCAUAUGAGUAAAAAUUC